AGACGGCCGCGCGCGGCAAGAACUGGCUUCGCCGUAUCGUUCGCUGUAGCGCCGAGCGCGGCGUGACAUAUUGCGAACGGGAAUUCACUCAUUGUCCAGCGAAAACUGUUCGGCGUCUUAGUUUAGCCUAUAAUCGAGAACCUCGGGCGCGGCGCACAAGCAAGCGAUAACAAUACUCCGUUACAUACGUAGCAGUCAACGCUGUGAAAGCAACAGAGAGUGCUUGCAGCGGCUUUAUUCGCACUUGAAUAUACGAGGUCUGUUAGAAAAGUAUCGGACCUUUUUUUUUUUUUUGCCAACACCUGAUUGAUAUAAAAGAAGCGCGCUUGCACCAGCUGACCCUGAACUUUAGCGCUCAUGCACGAAUUUUUUCCCGUCUGCCGAUAGCGUCAGUCGUUGGGACGAGGCGUUUGAGUGAGGUAGUGCGCAGUGCUCUCGUUGGUUUUUUUACUGCAAGGAAAAUGGCGGAGCGACUGGAGCAGCGCUACUGCAUCAAAUUUUGCCAGAAACCGGGGGACAGCCAAGUGGAAACCAUUCGGAUGAUUCAGACGGCUUUCGGUGUGUAUUCUAUGAGCAGCACACAGAUUAAGGAGUGGUACAACCAGUUUGAAGACGGCCGCACGUCGGUUGAGUGCGAGCCACGCUCCGGUCGGCCAUCAACAUGCCGAAACGACCAGGUCAUUGCCGAAGUCAACGCUGUGCUGAUGCGGGACCGUCGUGUGACUAUCCGAGAAAUUGCGGAAAAGGUGGGCAUCAGCCCUGUUUCUGCACAUUCUAUUAUGACCGAGGAUUCGGCCAUGAAGAGAGUUGCGGCGAAAUUCGUGCCGACGCUGCUCACGGUGGAGCAAAAGCAACUUCGUGUUGAGGUCUCAGAGGACAUGCUGGAUUCCACAAACAGUGACCCCGACUUCAUGAAAACUAUAAUCACUGGUGACGAGUCUUCGGUGUACGGGUACGACCCCGAAAUUAAAUCCCAGUCGUCACAGUGGAAGCAUUCCACGUCGCCAAGGCCAAAGAAAGCCCACCAAGUGUGCAACAUGUCAAAGUGA